AUGUUAGAUAAGCUUUCUCUUGGUUCUUUAUUGUUGAAUGGUGAAUUUUUCCACUUGCGGUGUUGUGCACACAUAUUGAACCUGAUAGUAAAGGACGGUUUGGAUGUCAUUAGCCCAAGUGUUGAGAGAAUUCGCAAUAGUGUUUCAUAUUGGUCAGCAACACCAAAAAGAGUUGAAACUUUUGAGGCAGUUGCACGACAAAUGAAAAUCCCUUGUGGAAAAAAGUUAUUAUUAGAUUGCAAGACUCGAUGGAACUCUACGUAUCUAAUGAUUCAUACUGCUUUGCUUUACAAAGAACUUUUUCCUCGACUAAGGCAAAGAGAGCCUCAUUACAGAAGUGUACCGAGAACAAAAUAUCCUACUGCCAAUUUGUACUUUCCCAAUAUUUGUGACAUAAAGUUGGCAAUCCGUGAUUGGAGCACAUCAUCUUGCGAUGAAGUCAAAUGGAUGGUGUCAAGCAUGAAGGAAAAGUUUGAUAAAUAUUGGAGUGACAUGCAUGAAAUUCUAGCUGUUGCAACUAUAUUGGAUCCUAGAUACAAGAUGAAACUAGUUGAAUACUAUUUUCCUUUGAUUUUUGGAGAUGAAGCUCAGGAAGAGGUUGAAAAGGUUAGAGCAUUUGGUCAUAAGUUGCUCAAAGAGUACGAGAGACCACAUCGUUCGACAGAAAAUACAUCUUUGUUUCCAUCAUCUUCACAAUCAGAGUCGUCUACUACCAGUGGAAAACAUUCUCGCAUGGCUGGUUUUGAUACAUUUGUUAGCCUUUCUGUUACUGCUGAUCAUGUAAAAAUAGAGUUCGAUGUUUUUCUAGAUGAGCCAGUAUUGCCUAGGGUGGACGAUUUUGAUCUAUUGACAUGGUGGAAAGCAAAUUCAAUAAAAUAUCCGACUUUACAGAAGGUUGCAAGAGAUUUAUUAGCCAUUCCAGUAUCUACUGUUGCAUCCGAGUCAGCAUUUAGUACAAGUGGUAGAUUUGUGAGCCCACAUAGAAAUAGGCUUCACCCGAAGACUUUAGAAGCUUUAAUGUGUGCUCGAGAUUGGCUUUGGUCUGAUAUUCAUGAAAAUUCUGGUCCUUCAUCAUAUUUCGGAGCUUGUGCAAAGUUUGAUGACGAGGAUGUUGACGAAGAGGAAUCAACUUUGAGUUUUGACGGAUGCCAGUAA